AUGGCUGACCCCACCACCAACCAAUCCAUCCUGACUUCCAAAUCCGACACCACCACCACCACCACCACCACAACACAACGUCCCACGCCUUUGUGGAAGAAGCGUAAGGUCUUGUUGAAGGAGCUAUCGCUGAACGAGAUCCCACGGCAUGUAGCGUGGGAAAGGCGGCGACGCCUGAAGCGAAUGCAAGAGAAGAAGGAGGACACUGAGGGAACCAAUGACGAGUUGUCGGAAGAUCUCAACGAGCUCAAAGGCUGCCUUCAGCUUGGUUUUGGGUUCAAUGACGACGAGGGUGGCCAGAGUUUGACCAACACUCUACCUGCCCUUGAUAUUUAUUUUGCGGUGAACCGACUCGGGAGCCCGAUGGUGAGCCCCAGUUCUACCGCCUCACCAAUGCCAAAAUUUGAAAGGGUCGGUUCAAUGUCGUCAAAAUCAGGUGGAUCAUCAUCGUUCAGCAGUGAGGACUCGUGGAAGAUUUGUACCCCAGGAGAGACUCCGCAGCAGGUGAAGGCAAAGUUAAGGCAUUGGGCUCAAGCGGUUGCUUGUUCCAUGAUAUCUUCUUAA